AUGAAUCAAGAAGAGAUCGAUUACCUUGAAAGCAUGGGCUUUACUGUUCAGGACACAAUUGCCAAAGGUGGCUUUGGUACAAUCCAUACAGUAUAUUCCAAACUAUACAAAAUUGUUUUUGCAAUGAAGAAAAUCCCAGAAACCCUAUUCAAUGAGGCAGAAAUCGAAUGCUUAAAGGCAAUUGAUAAUAAUAAGAUUAUCCAUCUGUAUCAUUAUUUUAGAUUCAAAGAAAAUGUUUAUCUUUUAAUGGAAUAUUGUCCAAAUGACCUCCAAAACCUCAUAAACAAUGGAGAAGUAUGCACAGAAGAGGAAAUUAUACGCUAUACAUAUGGGUUAAUUCAAGCUGUCAAAGCUGUCCAUGAUUCAAAAAUCGCUCAUUGUGACAUAAAGCCUUCUAACUUCCUAAUCGAUAACUAUGGAAGAGUAAAAAUCAGUGACUUUGGACUUUCCGCAUUCUUUAGUGAUGAAUCUCUAUGCAGCAUAAAAAGAGGUACUAAACUAUUCAUGGCUCCAGAAAUACUUGUAAAACAGCCAUUCGAUGCAUUUAAAUCCGACAUUUGGGCCUUAGGUAUUACAAUCUACUAUAUCGCAACAGGAAGAUUACCAUAUUACGGAGGAAAUGCACAAGAGCUAUUGGAAAAAAUCCAACUUGGAGGUUAUUCAUUAGAAAAUGUGAAGAACGUAUAUUUAAAGGAAAUAAUAUAUAAAUGUCUGCGUAUAAACCCAGAAUGUAGAUCAAAUUGCGAUGGUUUACUUUCAUCGCCACUAUUUGAUUCUGUUAGGCAAAUUAGAGAAGGAUUUUCCCAAAUGAAUAAGUUUAUUCCACGAGGAAAUAGUCUACAAGUACUUUGCAAUGUUACACGAAGCAAUAAGUUCCCAAAGGUAUCAAUUAUACACCCAACAAUUAAAGCAUCCAGAUCACGACAUUCUGUUGCUACACUUUCUAGACUUGCAACACGAAUACCAGAGGAAGAUAUCAAAUAA